UUCAUGUGAAUAUAGUAAGUGGAAACUAUGCGACCCACCCACUUCAGCAAAUACAUAUUAGCGAGCCACCAAUGUGUACUUCCUGAGUGUUGUCUAGGCUCUCCGGGAAAACCCGUUGCCUGUGGGCGUUUCGCUAAACGAAAGGUCUCCCGAAAAUGAGUUAUCCUGGCUACCCACCUCAACCCGGCGGUUAUCCCCCCCAGCCUGGUGGCUACCCCCCCCAGCCCGGUGGCUACCUCCCUCAGGGUGGUGGCUACCCUCCACAAGCUGGGGGCUAUCCACUCCAGGGAGGGGGCUACCCCCCGCAGUCGGGUGGUUACCCCCUGCAGCCAGGGGGCUACCCCCCCGCCCAGUCCGGAGGAUUCCCACCCAUGCCGCCCGCAGGUGGAUGGGGAGGUGGCCCUGGCUUUCCAUCCGUAGGCCUCGAUAACAUGUCCAAUCCCGGAUUCAAUCCAGGAAACCCACCAGCAAUGGCCAACCAGAUCUCUUCAUCCAUGGGAGGGUUUAACCCAAAUCCGUCCAUGUUCUCUCAAGCACCCAGUGGUUUCCCUACCCCCCAGCCCGGGGGAUUUGGUGCACCCCCCCCUAAUCUACAGCCAUAUGGCAUGUACCCCCAGCCAGGAGGAGGCAUGCCCCAGGCACCCGGUUAUCCGGCUGGGCCCUGCCCCAGUCAGCCAAUGCCGGGGUACCCAGGAGCACCCGCCGCCAGCCCGUCCAUGCCAGCCUAUGGGGGAGGCACCCCCGCUGCUGCUGUGGCUCCAGCUAUUAAUAGAGGAUACAGAGGAUCCAUACAAGACUUCCCAGGAGCUGAUCCGCUGAAGGACGUGGAAGUGCUGAGAAAGGCCAUGAAGGGCUUUGGCACCGAUGAGCAAGCCAUAAUUGAUCUUCUCGGAAGUCGUACCAACAAGCAGCGCAUUCCGCUGUUGAUAUCCUUCAAAACUGCAUACGGAAAGGAUUUGAUUAAAGAUCUGAAGUCAGAGCUUUCAGGGAACUUCGAGAAGCUGGUUCUGGCCAUGUUGAAGACUCCCUCCCAGUUCGAUGCCUAUGAGCUCCAUGAGGCCAUCAAGGGAGCAGGGACUGAUGAGGCCUGCCUGAUCGAGAUCCUGUCUUCUCGCUCAAACGAGGAAAUCCGUGGAAUCAAUCAAGUCUACAAAGCGGAAUAUAAGAAGUCACUGGAGGAGGCCAUCAGCGGAGACACUUCUGGACACUUCCGCAGGCUCCUGGUGUCACUCGCUCAGGGUAAUCGAGAUGAAAGAGAGACUGUGGAUAUCUCAUUGGCCAAACAGGAUGCACAGGCUCUGUACGCAGCAGGGGAAAACAAACUUGGGACGGAUGAGUCCAAGUUCAAUGCCAUCCUGUGUGCCCGAAGCAAGCCUCACCUGAGAGCAGUGUUCCAUGAGUACCAGCAGAUGUGUGGCAGGGACAUUGAGAAGAGCAUCAGCAGAGAGAUGUCUGGGGACCUGGAGAGUGGCAUGCUGGCUGUGGUGAAAUGCAUCAAGAAUACACCUGCCUACUUCGCUGAGAGGCUCUACAAGGCCAUGAAGGGAGCUGGAACCAAGGACCGGACCCUGAUCCGCAUCAUGGUGACCCGCUCCGAGGUGGACAUGCUGGACAUACGCCAGGAGUACAUGAAGAACUAUGGGAAGUCACUGUACACGCAUAUUUCAGGGGACACCUCGGGAGAUUACAAGAAGUUGCUGUUGAAGCUGUGUGGAGGCAACGACUAGGAAAGCAUGGAAAUGCGGCUGCUCUCUUCCUGUUUAACAUACGCUUACGCGCAUCUGUUUACUGGUCUUUAGCGUGCAUUUGGUCAUAUAUGCAUGUUUUCCCUCACUGCGCUAUUACACAUAUAAAUGUUCACAGCAUAUCAUCCGUUUGCAGUUUUCUUUUAUAUAUUUCUAUGAGUAUGAAAUUGAAAGCAAGAAUUAUUUUUAAUACAUAUAUUGUAUGUAUUAUAUGUAUACUGGACAAUCUGUCUCCAUAGUGUUGAAAAGGGUAAAUUGGAUCAUUUGAAUCUGAAUAGAAAU